AUGAAGUUCACCUACGUCCAGGCCAUGCUUGCUCUCAGCACUCAGGCUAACUGCCAGACAUAUGACUAUGUCAUAGCCGGGGCCGGGACAUGCGGCUUGGUCAUCGCGAAUCGCCUUUCCGAGGACCUCAACGUCAGAGUCGCUGUGAUCGAGCCUGGUGACGAUGUGCGAAACAAUCCCAAUGUCACCGAUCCCGCAAAAUUCACCGUGCCCUUUGGUACCUCGAUCGAUUGGCAGUACGUAACAACGCCACAGGCAGGAGCUGGCAAUCGGUCUAUCGCGUGGCACGCUGGGAAAGCCAUUGGCGGAACCAGUACCAUCAAUGGUAUGACCUAUAUCAGGGGCGACAAGGCCGAGUUCGAUGCCUGGGAGACCCUCGGGAAUGAUGGCUGGAACUGGGACACCAUCUUUCCGUACCUCAAGAAGGUAGAACGUUUCACGUCCCCAACUGAAGCCCAAGUAGACAAUUUGGCUUCGUGGGAUCCUUCCUAUCACGGCGAGCGCGGUCCGCUGGACACCGGCUUCCCUUUCAGCCUGGUCAAUGGGAGCUUCCAUGCGGAUGUCCGGACGACCUGGGAGACCCUCGGAUAUGAAUUCAAUCAGGAUAUGAAUGGUGGAGACGUACGGGGCUUCAGUGUCUGGCCCCAGACGUUGGACAGGGACAAGAACAUUCGCGCGGAUGCUGCUCGAGCCUAUUAUUAUCUGAUUGAAGACAGGCCGAAUUUGACGAUAAUCAAGGGGACGGUGAAGAGGAUGACUUGGGCAAAUUCCUCCGCGGCCGCCGAGGAUGCUGUAGCUGACGGUGCGGAGUACGUCACUGUUGACGGCCAAAUCGCGAAGAUUCGUGCCAGUAAAGAGGUCAUCCUGUCAGCAGGGGCUCUGAGAUCUCCCCUGAUACUUGAGAGCUCCGGGGUUGGAAACCCAAGCAUCCUAAGCGAACUUGGCAUCGAGACGAAGAUCGAGCUUUCUGGAGUGGGGGAGCACUUUCAGGACCAGCCCAACCUAUCACUUGUCUACGCCGGAUCCAUGAACAUGACAGGCAGCGCCCCAUAUGCGACAUUUGCCAACGCUCAAGACAUGUUCGGCGACGAUACAUCCACCAUAGCAGCGACUACCGAAGCGCAGUUGCCCGCCUGGGCUGCCCAGGUCGCUGCCGCAAACAACGGAUCCGUCAGCGCCGACGCUAUCGAGAAACUCUUCCGUAUCCAGCACGACCUGAUCUUCAACCAGAACGUCACGAUCGCCGAAACGCUGACAGCAAUAUCUGCUAGCUAUCUCAUCUCCGCCUACUGGCUCCUGCUGCCGUUCUCGAUGGGCAGUGUGCACCUCACGUCGACGGAAGAUAUCGAUGCGCCUGCCAUCGACCCCAAAUAUCACCUGAUUGACUUUGACCUCCAGGUGUCGAUCGCACUCGGUCGUCUGUCGCAGGAGUUCCGGUACACUGAGCCCGUCAGCAGCCGGGUCGUGAGCAAUGUUAGCCCGGGGGAGGUGGCUUUGCCUCGGAACGCCACUUAUGACCAGUGGACGAGCUACAUUCAGAGCAGUCAAGAAUGCCAUCGGUCGUACCCGGUCGGACGCGCCGGUGGUUCGCGAUUCUCUGCCGUUGCCCAGGCGUCUGCUUGUCGCUCCAUCUCCUGGAUGACUGCCACGUCCAAGGACACCCGCAAGGUUGGAGAGAGUAUCAUUACCCGUGCCAGCACCAGCGCCUGCAGUGCCAGCAGCACCAGUGUUAGUGUCACGGGGUCCACCGGCGGCGUCACCUUGUCUACCGGCAGUAACCAGGAGGCCUCGACGUCUAGCAAGACGGUCUCGCGCUCCAUCCAAGCCGGAGCUGUCCGACACCCCUUCACGCAGAAGCGCUCCCACCAGACGAAGACCAAGCAGGAAAAGUGCAACGGCAACCUCCCGACCCUCCACCUGUGCAUCCCCGACCACCCCGCCGUCUGGCCCUGCGAGAAACCCACGUACCCGAAGGAGAUGGAGGUGCGCAAGGUAGCCCACUCCCUCGUCACGCCCGCCACGGCCGCAACCGCCAGCAUCCCUGCCGGCGCCCAGGAGGUCGCCACUGUCACCAAGACGCUGUCGUCUUCAGUCGUGCCGACGGGCUCGACCGACAAGGCCGCCAAGAAGGAGGAGAAGGGGAAGCUUGUCAAGGAGGAUACAGAUGAGGAAGAGCCCGACAAGGAUGACAAGAAAGAGGAGAAGAAGAAUCGAUACAGCAAGAGCAGCAAGUACCGCAACAACACGGUCUGCGGAAACUACAACAAGGUCAUGGGUACAGAACCGGACUCGCAGUCGCCGUCGUGGUCGGACGAGAUGCCGUACCAUUACUCCAAGCCCGGUUUCAUCGGUGAGAGGGAGAACCCUGAUCUCAAGUACCUGGCUGAGCGUGAUGGGUAUGCGAAUGUGGACCACAAGGCUUCGCUUAAGAACAAGAAGAAGACUAAAACUACGACUGUGCAGAAGGAAAAGGGAAAGGCGAAGGCCAAGCAGAAGGAGUAA